AUGAGCCUGCUCUUCCUCUCAUCGCCCAUCCAACCCCUGCAAAUCAUGAAGCUGUCUCUAAAAUAUAUCCAGACUCCUACCACUUCCUCAUCUCGACACAGCUGCUCCCUGAUCCAAGCUGUCCCAUCACGGCCAGGAUCAUUGCGCUCGCCCACCACCAAGGGCGCCCUGUCUGUCUCUCCCCUGCCAGUCUUAGCCAGGCCACUGAGGUCACAGGAGCCAGGACAUCAUUGUUCUCCUCCUGGCCCCACCCCCCACCCCUGCCUCACAGGCCCCAUCACCGUGGGAACCGAGCCAGCCAAUCAGAACACUCAGUCUCCAAAGAGCAACCUUAUAAAUUGAGUCACCUCUCCCUGGACAGGCCACAACCAACAUCCAGAGGCCUCCCAGGUCCUCCUCCUGGACACAUCAAUUCAGCUGUCCUCCAUUUUCCUUGAGGGAGAAAAAGGGGAGUCUUCUGCCUGCAAUGCUCAGGGGCAAGCGCCAAGCCCACAGUCACUGGAUCUAGAGUGCCAAUCACACACACAGCCACACCAUGCAGGCGCCACUCAGGAGCCCGUGAAAGUGUCCUGUAGUAACCAGGGGAGCACCCGGAGCAGCGAGAGCCAUGUGCAGAGCCAUUCACAGCCUGAGCUGGAGGAAAGCAGUAACACCAGCCUGCUGAGCAGUGGGUACGCAGGGGACGAAGACAGCAGCCAGCUCAGCUUGGUGGGCAGCAGGCGCGUCUCGAGGUUGAACAGAAGGCCCAACACCCAGGGCGGCAGGACCCAGACUCGACUGCGGUGCACCGCCCCAUCUCCAAGCCACCUAAAGCGCCGGCCGGCCAGCCAAGCCCACAGUGCCAAGCAGACUGGAGGGGAAAACCCGGGCAGCAGCAUGCUGACCUUCCAGGUGAGCAGCGGGCUGCUCACUCCCACAGGCAGCCUUCCCUCCAGCCAGCACAGCAGCUGCCAGAGCAUCCGGGUGGACGGCAACAUGCCAGGUGCACUGAGCAGCAGCACCAAUCUUCAGGAGGACAAGACUGGGGGCAACGUGAAAAACAGCAACCAACUCGCCGAGGGUGAGCAGCCUGCCCCGAACGGUAGGAACUUCAGUACUGUGAACCUCAGUGAUGAGCCCUUCGUAACGUGCUCCAGCCAAGGCAAAACCACCUGUGGUGAGAGCAAUGAUGGUGGGACCACCUGCACCAGAACUCGUCAGCGGUGA